CCACUUUAUAUUUCUCCCCAGUUCCUUUAUAAAACCCUCUGUGAUCAAAACCUUUUAGGGUUUAAGAAAGAGAAGCAAAGGUUUCAAAGAUGGCUUUCUUUGGUAAAGUUGGGAACAUACUUCGACAGACUGUAAGCAAGCAGGUCAACUCUCAGUUUUCUGUUUCCAACCCAUCCAUCUACCAAGCAAUAAGAUGCAUGUCAUCCUCGAAACUCUUCAUUGGAGGUCUCUCAUAUAGCACAGAUGACACGAGUUUAAGAGAAGCUUUCUAUAAGUAUGGGGAAGUCAUUGAAGCAAGAGUCAUUGUGGAUCGUGAGACUGGUAGAUCCAGAGGAUUUGGAUUUGUUACUUUCACUUCUAGUGAGGAGGCCUCCAGUGCCAUCCAGGCCUUGGAUGGACAGGAUCUUCAUGGCCGGAGGGUGAGAGUGAACUAUGCAACGGAUAGAGCACGUUCUGGUGGCUUUGGAGGUGGUGGUGGUUAUGGAGGUGGCGGUGGUGGCUAUGGAGGGGGUGGUUAUGGAGGUGGCGGCUAUGGUGGAAGUGGCGGCUAUGGAGGUGGUGGCUAUGGUGGUGGUAGUGGUGGAUAUGGUGGUGGUGGUGAUAGCUAUGGGAGUGGAGGUGGAAACUAUGGCAGUGGUGGUGGUGGUUAUGGUGGGAGUAGCGGCGGCGGUGGCGGGAAUUUCAGUGUUGCUGGUGGUAGUGACAAUUAUGUUGGUGGUGCUGCUGGAAGCAGUAGCGGCUUUCCUAGUGGUGGUGGCAGCAGCAGCUUUCCUAGUGGUGGGGCUGAUCAGUUGGGUACCAAUGAGAGCAGCAGCAUGGGUGAUGGUGCUGGGGAGUUUUCUCCAGAUGAACCCGCCACAGAAGGAAAUUACAGGGAUGACGAUGAUGAACCUGAUGACUAUGCCAACAGAAGGGCUUGAAAAGUUAGGAUGAAGAAUCAUCUCCUAGACGUGGGAAUGAAAGCACAUGACUUUUGCUUCUUAUCCAGAUUCAAGAUAGACUGCCUUUUUCAGUUAACCUUUACCCCCAAUCCCCCCAUUCUCCUGCUCUCUUUGAUUUAUUUAGUGCUGGAUUUGGCUUUGAGAACUCGAGAACUUAAAUGAACUAUUUAUUUAGAAACAUAAAAGAGUUGUAAACAGACUAGUUCUGCCCCAUCUCUUCUUGCAUGCAAGUUCUGUUUUUGUUGCUGUACACAUUGGAAAUUAUUUUCCAUGGUAUGCCUUUUUGUUGAAAGCACAGGUAUUCAAUUUUGAUAAUUUACUCA